UACCUGUGGUGACGUAAAGGGGGCUGUACUUAUUGAGGAAACACAGAAGUCUGGUCGAGUUACUUGCAGACUCGCUAGUGACGCGAACGAGGUGACUGUGAGGAAGGAGAGCGGACCACCUGUCUUUAUCGUACGGAGAGUCGUAAAGGGGGUGAAGGACUCAGCAGAGUGGCUAGUAGCGCGCGGUAUCGCCCCCCAGAGUCAGCACAGCGAGGGGAGCGUCCGCUUUACAGCAGCGAGUAGAGUUCGAGUGACGUCACUGUCUACUCCCCGCCCACGCGGAAAUCUUAGCAAUGGCGGCUUGGCUCCGCGGGUUCCUCCUCUUCCUGCUCCCCUUGGCCCUGGCAGACCCAGACUUGCCAUGUGAAGGCUUUGAGGUGGUGGAGGGCGUCGGUCUGGUGGAUGUGGAGGCCCCCACUGCCUUUGGGGUGAAGGUUCUGCAGGCGGAGAAUGCAGAGUCUGAUGAUGCCUGCUGGAGGCAGUGCUGCGGGAUGUCCACCUGUGACCUGGCUGUGCUGUCCAAUGGGACGUGUCAUCUCAUCCGCUGCAGCGUCAAAGAGUUCAACAUGUGCCAACUGACCGCCCAGGAGGGGACCAGGUCCUACCGCAGAAUGGACGCCGGGGCCCAGCCCAAGCAGGAAGAUUUCUGCCUUUCAAAAGGUGAAACCGGACCAUGUCGGGCAUAUUUUAAAAGAUGGUGGUAUGACGCAGAGACCGAGACCUGUACAAGCUUUACCUAUGGAGGCUGCCCAGUGAACCUGAACAACCAUGAUGGAGAGGAGGAGUGUAUGGAGAAAUGCAAAGGUGUAAAAGCAACCAAGGCUGAGAUCAAUCCCACUCCUGAACGCUUGGUGGCCGACGCUCCUCUUUCAGAAAUGUGUUCAGGCCCCUCUGUAACUGGCAAUUGUCGCGCUGCUUUUCCCCGAUGGUACUUUGACUCUGACCUGCAGUCUUGUCGCAAAUUUAUCUACGGUGGUUGUGGAGGCAGUAAGAACAACCACAUGUCUGAAGAUGAGUGUGCUGACAAAUGUGUUGUUAAAAAACCAGAACCUGCUGCGGCCAAGGCCCCCAAAGUUGGAAACUUCAAAGAUUACUGUGCUGCACCUCCUUCAACUGGCAAUUGCCGUGCUUCCUUCACAAGAUACUACUACGACCCCGAACAAAUGGCUUGUAAAACGUUUAUCUAUGGAGGUUGCAAACCCAAAGAGAACAACUACCUCACAGAGGCCGAUUGUAUGAAGAUGUGUGACGGACGAUCAGAAGAAGAUGACAGCGCCGUAGAUCAUCAUUUCUUCCAUCGCCCAUUAACCUCUGUGGUAUUGCCAAUCCUUCUUGCAGUAAUGGCCGCCACCCUGUUGGGCGUUAUGAUCACGUUCUUUGUGAAGAUGUCCAAGAAGAAUCAGCACAACGCUGACAUCCGAGCAAUGUGGAACCCCAUUGAUGACAAAGAAUGUCUGAUGAACAAUGCCUACACUCUGUAGAUGAAGCCAUUCCAAAUGGCUGUAACACUCCAUGCCUCAAACACAGAUUUUAGCACAAGGUUAUUGUAUCUUGCUUAAAAUGUAUGUGUCACUCCAAGGACGUGUGUUUCCAACAUUAUACAAUAGCUGAGAGGAGACUCAUUUAAUCAGAAAAUAAAUCUUACUAGAAAGAGGUCUCCCCUCUGUGGGUUGUUUUUUACCAUUUGUAAACUUCUUUUAUUUUAUCAAACAGGGCAUUUUCUCCUGUGGGUACUUUUAUUUCAGAAAGUUUCUUUUUAUGUUGAUUUAAUUUUGCAACUGUAUUAAACUGUUUUAAAUCAGA